AUGAAUAGAGAAGAAGGUUCAGAAUCUUUCCCGGUAGAUCUCAUUCCCGAGAUACUUUCAAGGUUGCCUGCAAAGUCUAUCGGGAGGUUUCUUUGCGUGUCAAAACUAUGGGGGUCCAUACUUCACCGUCCAGACUUCAACGAGUUGUUUCUGACCAGGUCUCUUGCUCGUCCACGUCUCUUAUUCGCCAUCCAAGGAGUUGUAACCGUUCAUGUGAUCUGUAACCCUAGCACAAGACAGUGUGUGAGCUUACCUAAACUGAGAACGAAGGACUUCUCAAGAAGCUUUUUAGGAUUUGAUCCAAUUGACAAGCAAUUCAAGGUAUUGUGCAUGGCUAAUCCAAAUUUAAAUUAUGGUCUAAGAAUUUUGACAUUAGGAAGUGGAAAACUGGGCUGGAGGAAGAUCAAACCUCCCUUAACCCAUCAUCCUGCUGAUGACUCGUCUCAACAGAUAUGCAUCAAUGGUGUUUUGUAUUACUUUGCUUUGAUGUGGGAAACGUUGGAAACGCAUCAUGUGAUAGUUUGCUUUGAUGUUAAGUCUGAAAAAUUCAAGUCCAUUGACGCAGCAUCUAGUUAUGAUUGGGGUGUGAAGAAAUUGAUAAACUAUAAGGGUAAAUUAGGUGUGAUUAGUUGGCAUUAUACUCACUCUGAUGAAAGUGAUACCUUUGAGUUUCUUAUGUGGGUUCUAGAGGAUGUUGAAAAACAAGAAUGGUCGAAAUAUGUCUAUACUUUGCCGUGUAAGUGCAAUCGAUUCGGUGUUGCUGGAAUGACAGCUUCAGGGGAAAUUGUUUUGUGGGAGAAAUAUACAUUUAAACCGUCGUUUGAUGUUCUUUACUUCAAUCCCAGAAGCAACAGUACUAUCUGCAGUGUUGAAAUCCAAGGUAACAAUGAAGUAUUUGACAUGAAUAGACAUAGCGUUUGCACAUUUGUAGACCAUGUGGAGACUCUUAAGUUUAAUAUUAUGAACACAAGCCCACCCACCAGAACAGAAGCGUGA